AAAUCUCUUUCUUCUUUAGAAUUACUGUUUCUCUCCGCUACAAAUACCAGAUUUUUCUCUCUCUCGUCGAAAGCAAAACAGUCUCCUUUCUCUAUCUUCUGCUCAUAUCAGCCAUUGACACAGUUGCUUUGGGUUUCCCUCAAACGGCGCCGAUUGUCUGGUUCGUCUCCCUAAAUCUCUCUUCAUAGCUCCUAUAUACGUGCCUUUGCGUAUGUAUAGGUGUUUUCUCAUCUCUGUGACUAUCUAUAUUCGCCGGCAAAAUUUCUCGGUCUGUUGAUUUUGAUUUUUUUCUCUGUACCAUUUAGAUUUGAAUUGGUGUUGAAUUUUCCUUGAGGUGAUGAGUUUGUUGUCUCUCUGUUUCUGCUAAAGUCUUUCUCUAAUCAUUCUCUUUCUUGGGUUUCGAUAAAUUUCUCGAAUUUGUAAGCUAAACUUAAUCCGACGAUGAUCAAUGGAAAAUUUGGAUGAUUGGUUAUGAGUUUUCGGAAGAUUCUAACUUUCAAUCCCAAGUUUUUAUGGGUCGUUUUUAAUUUCAUCUGUUUCCAAAAUUUCAAAUUUUAGGGUUCUUCGAUAAUAUAGGGUUUUAGAUUUUCUGGAUUUUUUAAAAUCUUUUGCAUUUUUUCUGAUUAACCUAAUUCUCAUCUGGAUAAAAAUAGGCUAUCUUUGUGUGUUUCACUUGUAAAUCUUAUAAUAUAUUGCAUUCAAUCUGGAUCUAAUGUUGGGGAAAUAAACACAUUUUUUUUUCAGGAUUUUGACCACUGAUGGCCUUAGAUCAAUCUUUUGAAGAUGCUGCUUUACUUGGAGAACUCUAUGGAGAAGGUGCAUUUUGUUUCAAGAGCAAGAAACCUGAACCCAUUACAGUCUCGGUUCCUUCUGAUGAUACUGAUGAUUCGAAUUUUGACUGCAAUAUUUGCUUAGACUCGGUGCAAGAACCUGUUGUGACUCUCUGUGGUCACCUCUUUUGCUGGCCUUGUAUUCACAAAUGGCUUGAUGUACAGAGCUUCUCAACAAGUGAUGAAUACCAAAGACAUAGACAGUGUCCUGUUUGUAAAUCUAAAGUUUCUCAUUCUACUUUGGUUCCUUUGUAUGGUAGAGGCCGUUGUACUACUCAGGAGGAAGGUAAAAACAGUGUGCCUAAAAGACCCGUAGGACCGGUUUAUCGGCUUGAAAUGCCGAAUUCACCUUAUGCAAGUACUGAUCUGCGGUUAUCACAACGGGUUCAUUUCAAUAGCCCACAGGAAGGUUACUACCCUGUCUCAGGGGUGAUGAGCUCGAACAGUUUAUCAUACUCUGCUGUUUUGGAUCCGGUGAUGGUGAUGGUUGGAGAAAUGGUAGCUACGAGGUUGUUUGGAACACGAGUGAUGGAUAGAUUUGCGUAUCCGGACACUUACAAUCUCGCAGGGACUAGCGGGCCGAGGAUGAGAAGGCGGAUAAUGCAGGCAGAUAAAUCGCUGGGAAGAAUCUUCUUCUUCUUUAUGUGUUGUGUUGUUCUGUGUCUUCUCUUGUUUUAGGUUUUCAUAGCUAGCUUGGUUCUGCUACUGUUCAGUUUCUUCAGGUGUAAGGAAAACAUAGUCAAAGAAAUGUACAUUUGUGUUGGAAACAAAUCAAAGUUGCUUAAUGUUGAGGAAUGAGGAGUUUAUGUUGGGUUAAAUCUUGUGUAGAUUUGGUCUGGAGGAUAGUGUUGUCUACAUGAAAGGCCAAACUAAUAGGCCUGAUCUGCAUGUGUUUGUAUAGUUCAGCCCAUGUGUAGAAAGAUAAGAACUAGGCUUUCCAGACACAUGGUACUGAAUCACUGAUAGUGAUCCAUUCCAUAAUCUUCCAGCACUAUUGUAUUAUUGUUUUUCUAUUUGUUUCAUUAAAGAUUGUAUGUCGAUAAAAGGGCCUGCAUUAAGAGAGUCUCUCUUUAGUCAAGCUUCA